GUCCAGAAAACGUUGUACCAUUUUUGUGUUUGCGAAAGAACCCCCCAUAAACACGCCUUGAAAGCGCGCUAUCUCUGCCAAAAUUCAAAUCAAAAUUUAACUCAUAUCAAUAACCUUCCAAUAAAACCCCCCAACAACAAAAACCCUAACCCUAACCCUAACCUCAUACCUCAAACACUCCAAACUCCACACACAAUCACCACCACACUCACACAUACAUAGAUCCUUAACCCACAAUCUUUCUAAUCUUGAAUCCAAACUUUUGAGGGUUUUUUUUUUUUUUUUGUUGAAAAUUUCAGUUUUUGAUUUGAUAUUUUUUUGUAGAACAAUAAUGGAGGAUGGAAUUGUUUCGGAUGGGUCAUUUUCAAUCACCAGAUCUGAAUCAAAGUCAACGGUGGGGAAUAAGCGGAGUAAUGCUGAGUUUGAAGAAAAAUCAGAACUUGGAUGUAAGAGAGUUAAAUUGCCAGAUCUUGAGUCUGUGUUUCGUUCCAAUGUCAUUGAUACCAGUUAAUCCAAUAUCCACAGAAAACAUAGCAGGCAAUCACCAUUUUUUCUCUGUUGAAAAAGAGAAGUCCAAUGUCUCUGAGGAUACUGGAACAACAAAUUCAGAUGUUGCUCGAGCAGACACAGCAGGAAGGGACACGUUAACCCCAACUCUUGACCCCACCCCCAAACCGUUUGAUCUCAAUACCAAAGUUUGUCUAGCUAAUGAUUCAACUGGUGGUGAUAUGCCAGCACGUGCUAACAAAUUGUCCUAUGACAAACAAGAUAAUUUUGCAACAUCAAGGGCUUUUGGCUGGGAUCUUAAUUCAGAAGAUGUUUCUAGUUCACUAAAUCAAUACCCGUUUUAUCCUCACAAAAAUCAUGCACGUCUGAAAAUUGGUGAUGCUUUAGAGUGUGGGAGCACUACUGGUUCAUUGGAGGAGAAAGAUCCAAUGAGAGUUUGGAAAGCGAUGAAGCAAAAUGGUUUCCUUUCACCUUCUCAUGGAGGCGUACCAGUGCCAAAGCCACGUGGGAGGAAAAGCAAAAGUGAUGGGCCCAAGAAAAAAAUGGAGCUGGCGAAGAGAGAACAAGUUGAUCGGUUUGCAAAAAUUGCUGCUCCAAGUGGACUGCUAAAUGAGUUGAACCCUGGGAUUAUAAACCACGUGAGAAACAGUAAACAGGUUCUUUCAAUAAUUGAAUCCCUAGUAAGGUCUGAAAAACGUGAAAAUCGUCAUGCUGGAUGCAAACAAGCUAUCCCAAUGAAGAGUGGUACUAAAGAAAUUACUGAUACAAAGGACUUGGAAAAUUCAAAUGGCUUAGGAAUUAAUCAAGAUGGGUCCUUGACUACUUUAUCGGGGAGUCAUCAGAAAAGAGGUCGCCCAAUGUUGUUGAGUGGAUCAGUUAACUUCAAUUCAGACCUAACAGGAGGAGAUGGUGACUCAAGCAGGUUAGGGAAAGGGAAUUAUGGUAAAAUGACAUGUCUGUCACCUCCAAAUCAAGACAGUGAGGAUGAUACAUUGGCACUGAAGUUGUCAUCAUCAACAACUUGGGCAUCGGAGGAUAUUAGUCAUUUGUCUAAUGAAUCAGCAAACCUAACCAGUGUUUCUUCUCUUUCUGUUAAAGCUGCUAAUGUAGCUUCACGAUGGUUGGAACUUCUUUAUCAAGACAUUAAAGGGCGGCUUGCAGCAUUGCUACGCAGUAAGAAGAGAGUUCGAGCUGUGAUUCAUACAGAAUUGCCUAUACUAAUGUCACAAGAAUUCUCAAGUAAUCAAGAGAACAAUCCGUAUGCUAUGAAAAAUUAUGCUGUUGGAUGUGCUGGCAAUGCCAAUGCCGAUUUGCAUCGUACUAGGUGGAGUGCUCUGUUUGAUCAAAUGGAUAAAGCCCUUUCUGAAGAAGAGAAACAACUGGAAAGUUGGUUGAACCAAGUAAAAGAGAUGCAGCUCCACUGUGAAAGGGGCCUUCAACUUUUCCAGUCUAAUGCAUCACAUGGUUCACAAUGGUUGGGAACACUAGAAAAUGACUCCAGAUUAGAGGAAGUGGAAAACUCGGAAAGAGAAUUAGCUAUCGGGGCAGCUGCAGCUUCUAUUUAUUCAACAUGCAACUUUCUGUUGUCGAUGGAAAAUCUACCCUGUUUGUGAUUGUUUGACUCUAACCUCACCAAAUAAUCAACAUAUUUCUAAUUAUACUGAAUUUUCUAUCUUGAUUGUAGUCUUGUUAAAUCUCCAUAUGCAUUUAGCAAAUAAACAUUCUAGGUCUGUCCGUAGCGAAGGCUUUGUGUAUUUGUUGAGUUUGUUAUUGUGUAACAUUAGAAGAGGAUGAUAUCAUUUAAUUUUUCGAGUUUAAUUGUCAUUCUUUCUCCAAUUGGGGAUGAAUUGAUUGUUGUUAAAAUUUUAUAGUUGGAAUCAAUGAAUUAUUGAUAAUUGAA